UGCUGGCUAAGCGUGUCGUCAGCUUCGUGCUUCCACACCAAGAAAUCCUCACCUCUUCACCAGCAGAGAAAGACCCCAAUGCCAUCCUUGCAGCUCNUCCGCAAUGCUGAGGUCAUUCCGGAUGUCCUGGACACAUUCUCACCUCUCCUCUCCAUAACCGCAAACUGGUCUUCUGACGCAAAAACCUCACUCGGCAACACACUCCCGCCAUCCCAGCUCUCUCAUCGUCCUGAUAUCUAUGCUACACCGAUUCCUUCUGCGUACCUGCCUCAUGGCAUUGAAUACGUGUUUGCGCUUACAGACCCUGAUGCUCCAUCCCACAGUAACCCUGAGUGGAGUCAAGUAUGCCAUUGGCUGGGCACCUUCAGAGAUGGCGAAGCCAAGGAGUUGGUCGAGUAUAAGGCUCCUGCGCCACCGGAGAAGACGGGCAAGCAUCGCUAUGUGGCUGUGGUUAUGGUGCCGAAGAAUGGAACUACUGAGGCGUUGGACUUGGAGGUACCGGAUGAGAGGAAGAGGUGGGGGUAUAAUGGGGAAAGAGCAGGUAUCAGAGAGUUUGCGGGUGUGAAUGGGUUAAAAGUGAUUGCUGCAAACUUCAUCUACUCGCAGAAUGACAAGCAGUAG